ACUGAAUAAUUGUAGAGGCUGUGACGCCUUUAUUGGUGUAAAUUACAGGUUAUCUGAGUAAUUUUGUUUAAAUUUUAUUUUAUUAUCUAUUUCUGUUGGUACUUUCAAUUUUUGUUUCAACUCAAUUAUUAACAUUACCUAUUCAAUGUUGAAUAGUUCAAAACAGAAAUACAAUACUCAUACAUUUCUUAAAUAGUCGCCAACUAUCUGUCAAGCAGGAGCUGUGUACGGUUCAUUUGAGAAUAGAUCAACAUUUCAUUUGGACUAGGUACAAUGUUCAAUAAUAUGAAGAACAAGAUAAGGGAGAAAACGGGCAGUGAACUUCCGAAAUUCUCGCUGGGUCAAAUCCAGCAAAAAGUGGGCCUGGGUCGGCACUCGAGGCAGGGCUCCGAGACCAGUCUGAGCAGCUUUGCGCCGGAUGACGAACAUCCCCCACCCCCGCUCCCGCCCCCUCCCACUCUGCACGAGGACCCCCCACUUGCCUUGAAGCCCGACAACAAUGAAUUGGUACUCGCCGAUGGAAAGAGUCUUACUCCAAAAGAUUUGACUCGAUUAGCUAAACGUGAAGACGAAUGGCGAAGUCGACUGGAAAGGAGAGACGCGGAAUGGACAACGAAACUGGAAAGGCGUGAAGCCGAAUUGACGAGACUGCUUGAAGAAAAAGAAAGAGAAUGGAGAAAACAAGAGCAGUCUCUAACGGAGGACCUGUUACGAUCCACAAGGGAACUCAAGGAUGCUCUCAAAAUGGCUGAAGAAUGUAAGCGAAAAAUGAAUCAGCAUCAAGAAGAUAAAGAUCAACUUGAGGGGUUUCAAAACCAGGAAUUGGCUAAAAUAAAGCAUUUGCUCCUCCAAAAAGAGCAAGAAAAUGCCGAAAAUGGAUCCGCAUUGAAAGAAGCAACUGCCCUGGUUGAAAGCUUGAAGCAAGAAGUAAACAGGUUGAGGCCUUUCGAAGAGCAAGUCAGUAAUUUCCAGGAUGACAUGGAGUGCCUGCGGCAUUCGUCGGACAAGGAGCGGUGGCUGCUGUCCAGUCGGCUGGCGCAGGCCGAGGAGACGGUGCGUCACCUGAGGGACCGCGUCGCCGUGCUCACCUGUCGCAGCGAGGCCGAGUGCGUCGCGCUCGGCGCCACACUCUCCUCCGACGAGCGCGUUCAAGCUCUGUUGGGUGAAAGAGCUCUCUUGGAACGAAGACUUGAAGAAGCACAUGUCCAUCUCUCAGACAUCAAAGCUUCCUGGAGUGGACAAAUAUCUGCUUUGGAAACUCAGGUUGGGCGAUUGAGCCGGCAGGCAGGUGAAGAAGGUGUUGAGCGAAGAAGAGCCGAACAAAAGAUAAUGGAGCUGGAAGCCAGAUUGGAGGAGGAGCAAAAGGAGAAGCAGAAGCUGGUGGGCAAAUUGGAGCGAACAGCCUCUGAGCGGGACAAUCUCGCCCAAGAACUGAAAAAUGUUGCCCAACAUGUUGCAAUCACAAAAAGUGAGAAUAUCGAUCUUGGCGAAAAAGUGAUUGAUGCAGAGAAAAAAUAUCAGGAAUGCUUAGCAGAGAAUGAAAGGCUGUCACAAGAGUUGAUGGAUGAAAGGCGAAACUCAAAGGAAUCAAUGAGUGGAUCUGCUAAUAACGAUCUCCUUGUUGAACAAUUGGCCCAAAUAACAAAAGAACUUGAAACCCUGAAAGAGAAAAAUGGAGAAUUGGAAAAAGCAGCGCAAACGAUCCGAGAAGAAAGAGAUAAGAUUUCCCUGAAAACUACACAGAUGUCAGAAGAACUUAAAACUGCCAAUCAACAAUUAGAAGUAAAACAACAGGAGUAUAAUAAUCUCCACUUGAAAAUGUCCGAACAGCUCUCCAAAGAAGCGCAGGAGAGAGAAGCUCAUGCUGCAGUUUCCAAAGAGAAUGAGAAUAGUUUUUCACAUCUCGAGAAAGAACUGCAAGCUACAAUAUCCGAUCUACAAGAUCAGUUGGGUGACAAGAAUAAGAUGAUACGAGUUCUUCAGCAGAGAAUAGCUGAUAUGAAAAAGACUUUGCAACGUGAAUUGAAAUCGUCUGAUCCGGGAGGGGGAGGAGUCACGAACAAUGUCAAUUCAAACUUGAGUUCUGGCGAGCAAAAUCAUAUUUCAAAUUCAAAUCAGAACUCUGGAUCCGUUCCUUUUGACAACGAUGUGAAUUUCAAGUACCUUAAACAUGUUCUUAUCAAGUUUCUGACUUGUAGAGAGUACGAGGCACAACAUUUGACACGGGCUGUAGCAACAUUGCUUAAGUUCUCGCCGGAAGAGGAGCGGUUGCUGCGAGACACGUUGGAGUGGAAGAUGUCGUGGUUCGGCUCGCGGCCUCGGCUGCCCACUGGCAAAUCACUCUCUCACAGCUGAUCGUCGCUCAACCCCUAGUGUUCCUGUCCCCUGUUCCCUUCCAAAGUACGAAUGCUGCCACGCCAAAAUGUAUUAUGCAGUUGUAGAGUUAUUAUGAAAAAAACAUAACACUUUCUGUUCACCACAUGAGGGAAGAAUUGGAAUAUUGAAUUCUUCAAUUUUCUCAGUCAUUGUUAUGGUAUUUCACAGAUUGUUAUUAUCUGAUACUUUCUUGCCAAGUAAAAAUGGUAAUGAACCACAUUAUAGUGUAUA